AUGGAUGCAGGCAGCUCUAUAGAAAUUAUCAAAACCUUUUUUUGUUCUAUCCAACACUAUAUUUUAAAAGACUUUUGUUUUAUAUGCAAAAAUUUUCGCGCAGCGCACCAAACGAAGAAUGCUAAGAGAUCCAAAACACCUUUAAAGUGCCGUUGGGGUGCUGUCUCUUACAUUAUUGGAGCAAUUAUAGGUUCGGGUAUAUUUAUAACCCCAGCAACAAUUUUAAAUAACGUUAAUUCUGUUGGGGCUUCUCUCUUAAUUUGGAUAUUGUCUGGAAUUAUAGCUACUUUGGGUGCUUUUUGUUACGUUGAAUUAGGGACGAGUAUUAGAAAAUCUGGCUCUGAUUUUGCCUAUUUGUGCCAUGUUAGAUGGAACAAGAUUGCAUUUAUUUUCAUGAGUACUUCUUGUUUGUUUAUUAAUCCAUGUGGAUUGGCUAUUCAAAUAGAAACUUUUUCAGUCUACGCUAUCCGAUGCCUCAAUAUAGAAUUUUGUGAUGAAUCUACUCGUAUUAUUGCUCACAAGCUUAUUUCCUUUAGUUUACUUUUAUUACUUUUCUUCAUAAACUGUUUUUCUUUACGUCAUGUAGUCUCCCGUGUUCAAAUUAUUUCAGUUAUUGCCAAAUUUGUGGCUAGUGGUAUAAUUAUAAUUUGUGGAAUUUAUUUUUUGUUAUUUGGGAAAAAUGUUCAAUUUAAUAAUUUCUAUCAUCCCUUUGAAAAUACUAACUUACGUCCAGGCAAUAUAGCACUUGCACUUUUUGGUGGAUUAUAUAGUUAUGAUGGUUGGGAUAUUCUUAAUUAUGGAAUUGAGGAUGUUAAAAGUCCGAGACGAACUAUGCCUUUUGCCAUUAUUGUGAGUAUGAUAGUUUGCGCCUCAAUUUAUGUUUUGAUGAAUUUGUCAUUUUUUAUGGUUCUGUCGGUGACAGAAAUGCAAUCUUCGCAUGCUGUUGCAAUGGCACGAUUUUUUAAAAAAUUUUGA